AUGGGGUGCGUUAAGGUUUGGUUUUGUGUGUUGAGUGUGUUGGGGUUGGUGAUCGUGGGUGAUGUUACCAACGCUCAAGAUUCACCAGCAGACUACGUGAACGCACAGAACGUUGUAAGGUCACAGGUUGGUGUCGGAAAGAUAGUUUGGGAUGACACUGUUGCUGCUUUUGCACAGAACUAUGCUAAUCAGCGUAAAGAUUGCCAACUUAUCCAUUCUGGCGGUGGUGGAAAAUACGGGGAGAAUAUUGCCAUGAGCACUGGUGACAUGAGUGGCACAGAGGCAGUGAAAUUGUGGGUGGAUGAGAAACCCUACUAUGACUACGCUUCUAACACUUGUGUUGGUGGAGAGUGUCUGCACUACACUCAGGUUGUUUGGAGAAACUCUGUGCGUCUUGGAUGUGCCAAAGUAAGAUGCGACAACGGAGGCACCUUCAUCACUUGCAACUAUUCUCCCCCUGGCAACUAUAUUGGCGAAAGACCCUACUGA